AUGUACGUUAGAACGAAGAACACGGAUGGUUCAAGUUUUCAACGAAUAGCAAAGGGGAGUAGUGUUAAGAGGAAACGAUCGUUAAGUGAUAUGGCAAAUAAUCGCGUACUCGGCUCUACGUGUAUUAUCACGGUUUUAAGACAAUAUUCGUUGAACUACAGGGAUACAUCUCAUCGUAAAAGAGUUUACCAAUGCCACAGUAUAGCAAUCAAAAAUAUUUCAUCCCAGGAUUUUACCAGGACGAUUUGUCGAAACAAUGACGAGCCGAAUGGAAAUUGUAUAUCGAUGGCUGAUCAAACGUUGGCCACAUCUACUUCCUUCGUGGAGAACACAAACGCGUACGAGGCCUAUUGCUCUUUGAUCGUGCUUCUAGGUCGAUUUUCC